GCGACCGAUACCUAUCAUCAGUCCAUUUCGAGUUUCUCGAGCACUACCGAACACAGCACCCAGCCGAAAACACAGACAUGGCCCGCGCAAUCGUUUUCCUGUUCCUCAUCGUCGCAGUUGCUACCAUCAGCGCUGUGCCUCCUUGCGGCGAAAACGAGGUGUAUAACAGCUGUGGUUCAUCGUGCCCAAGCACUUGUGAAACACCAAAUCCCCCUAUUUGUACGCUGGCCUGUAUCCCUGGUUGUGACUGCGCUGAAGGAUACGUGAGAAACGCCCAGAAAAAAUGCGUGCUCACACAGAAUUGUUAAACAAACAAAACAUUCGUUCGAGUUAAGGAGUAUUACAUAAAAUUUCAUGAGAAUCUGAUCGACAUUCACGAUGAAAUGUCUUCGUUGACUAGCAAGUUUGCUAUACUUUUACUGUUAGUGGUAUCUGAAAACGUAAACGAUUGUUUUAUGUAAUUGUAUAAUUACCGAAUUACUUAGUUUUGUUAAACAAACAUGGCUUUGUGUUUUCAAUAAAAACUAUUUAUAUACUUAA